AUGUGCGACAAAGACGUGGAGCAUCUCUUGCAUGUGUUUAUGGAUUGUGAGUUUGCAAAGGAGUGUUGGAGACUUAUGGGAGCUGAAUUUGAUUUCUGGACAGUAGAGUCAGCACCAGAAUGGGUCCUUGGUAGACUAGAAUCAGAGACGUCUGAAGUGCAGCUGAAAUUAGCUAAGGUGCUAUGGGGUAUUUGGAACGCCAGAAACUUUAAAGUCUGGGAACACAAAGUGGUAACACCUAGUAUUGCAAUGCAAUGGAGUGACAGACAGAUUUCGCAAUGGCAAGAAGUGAGGAAGAAACAAAUGAGACACGGACCUAAUGAACCUCAGCAACAUCAACCAGUUGGGAGUAGGUGGGUAGCUCCUGCAGUAAACAGAAUCAAAGUAAAUAUGGAUGCGUCUGUUGUUUCUGGAGCUCAUUCCUUCUCCUUAGGUCUGAUCAUUCGGGAUCAUCAAGGUGAGUUUAUAACGGCGAAAAAUCUUCGUUAUCCAGGGGAGAUCACUGUGUUUGAAGCUGAAGUAAGGGGCAUUCUCGAAGCUGUGACAUGGCUUGAGGAAUUGCAGCUCUCAGGUGUUGAUAUAGAGACGGAUUCACUGCUUGCUGUAAAAGCUCUGAAGAUGGGGACUGAGUAUAACUUGGAAGUUGGAGAUGUGCUUGCUCAGUGUCGUUCGAUUCUAGACGCUAGACCUGAUUUUGCUAUUUACUUUGUUAAACGGCAGGCCAACAUGGCAGCCCAUCUGAUAGCUAGGGCGCCAUGUAUGGUGAAUUGCUUCAAUGUUUUUAUGUCUCCUCCAGAUUUCUUGUUGGAGACUUUGAUGUUUGAUCUGGUUUUGAGCUAA